UUUAUGUGUGAAAACAAGCCGACGUGAAUGUCAAUGUGAAAGAUUGAUGAGCUUCUAACUGGUACCUGAGAAGCUUAAUGAAAUGCCUGAUGAGAUAUGCAUUCAUAAGAAGAUCUGUCUGGUCUACCUUCAAAAUUUGGCUUACGUGCAAUGCUUCCUGUCAAAUAGCUCAACGACAUCUUUCUAGCUUAGAUGCUGCAUUAAUUUGGCAAAUAAAAAUAUUAUUUCAUGGCGUCUAUCAGACAUUUAGAAAUGGGAGAAUCAUACAACAAUGCAUCCGAGAUGGAGCUAAGUCUCCCGAACGAUGAUAACGAUGGGUCUGUAGAAGAUCAAAAAGAGAAAAUACGAAUUCUGGCAGAGGAAUUGCGAGAAGAACUUAUUUUGAGUAAUUCUUUGACGAACAUUAUCACUGAAAAAUCUUCGGAAAUUGACUAUUUGAAAAACAAGGUAGAGGAGCAGGAUGCAAAGAUUCGCAACCUUGAAGAUCAAAUUGAAGAAUGGACAAAUCAGUCGGAGGCCUGUGAUAAAGUGCUGGAGCAGAAGGACUGUGAAAUUGAAAUGUUUAAGAAAACUUUAAGCAUAGAGAAACAGCAGAGGCGAGAUUUAGAAGACAUGACAAUGGAGGUUGGUAAAGAAAAUAUUAAAGAACGGGAACUUUUGGAAAAUAAGAUUGAAGAGUUGCAAGGAAGAAUUGUAAGAAUGGAAGAGGAGAACAAGAAGGGAAAAGUUGAGGCGAUGCUUUCUUUAACGCCUACAAAUACUCAAGCUGAAACUGCAAACGAAGGCAAGACAUUAGACAUUAAAAAUGAGGAAAAGCCAGUUAAGGAAGAAAGCUCAAAAGAAUUAGAUUCUCAACUGAAUGAAGAGUACAAAGCUGACAUGGAAGUGCUUAUGAAUGAUCUUUUUGUGCUGAUAAAAAAGAACGAAGAGUUGAAGGAAGAAGUCGAAAAAUUGAAAAAGGAGCAAGUAAACAUACUUGAGGACAAGCGAAGUGUUGUCACAGACCUUGAAACCACAUUAGAAGAAAAGUCAGCUGAAAUUCAGCACCAGAAGCAUGAGAUAAGGAGGCUCAGUUCUGCAGUCGAGGUUGGCGAUGCAACAACCGAUAUUGAGAAAUACAACCAAGCAAAACAAUUACGCAAGAAGUUUGAAGACAAGAUUGAGCAUCUAGAGACUACAAAUUCUGAAAUGAAAAAUAUUCUUGAAGAAAAUAAAGCUGCCAAAGAAACUCUCGCGCGUCAACUUCAAAAAACAAAGAAGAAAUUGCAAAUGGAGAGAGAGCAAAACACUGAAUUGAAUAAACAGAUUUUGGAAGUCUCUACGCUAUAUGAUACUUUUUACAGUAGAUGUGAGGAAUUAGAGAAGGGAAGGGUCAAAGGGCUCAGUUGUCUUCGAAAAGAUGCUACAGUUCCGACAAAUGAUAAUAACACGAACAGCGAUGCUGUAACAAAAGAAAAUGCUGGUGACAAAGACGAUGCUAAUGAUGAGAUUAUUGGUUAUGAUGCAAUUGAAACUGAUGACAAAAAUAUCAGUAGCAGAGACUCUGAAAACAGUAUAUCUUCUGUAGUAGAUUCGAAGGUAGAUGAACCCUGUACUGAGACGUCUACCCGAAGCUUGGACAAAGAUGAAGGUCCUGAAAGUAAGAUGUCGUGUUCAGGUGAAGACCUAGCAUCAUCUCCUGGACAGGAGAAAAAAGGGAAGAAAAAAUUAAGCAAGAAAAAGAGGGCAAAACUGAAAAAACAGACAUCGUCUGAAGUUGAAAUUGAAGACAGUCGUCCACGGUGGAGUGAGUUAUUCUUAAGUUUGAGCACCAGCUUAUUUAAGAUUCUGCUGCUAGUUGCAACGACAUUUGUCGCUGUUUCGACAAUGCAUGUCCACUUUGGCGUGUCAAUUGUCAACGCAUUUGCCGGUAUGUUUGUAGCAUACUUCGUGUUUAUCAAUAUAUGGAGAAUCUUAUCGCCACAGAGGCAAAGGCAACUGCACCAGAAGAAUGGCGCUACAGUGUAUCCAGACUCAAAUACAAAAACCCUGCGAAGAGCAAUGCAAGAUUUGAUUAUGCGCCUUGGCGAUGAUGACUUUAAGCAGUUCAGUGAAACCUAUGAAAAGUACAUCGACCAAACCUUUGCAGAAGAGCAAGCAAGUUUGUCCGGUAAUCUCAAAGAUGAGGUAAUCUAUUUAACUGCAGCUAAAGAUGUGCUUUCAAAGGAACUGGCGAAGUAUAAAGACCAAAAUCACAGUAUUCAUAUCACAUACGAGGAAAUGAAGGCAGAUAUCGAAAAGUUUAGAGCAAAAAGGGCUGAAGAAGAGGAAGAAAAAGAUAAAGUCAUACGAUCGUUAAAAGAUGAGAUAAGUUCUUUAGAAGGAAAUCUGAAAAAGGAAGGGAAAUCAAGCAAAGAUAAAGACGAAAGACCUACUUUUAAAGUGAAUGGUUUGACGUAUGCAAAAUUUCUGGUGUUUAUCGUCCUUGAUGUUUGUGUUGUUCUGACCGUCGGCAACAGUGCGAUAGUGUAUCCCUUUUUAUUCCUGUCUGCGUUGCUAAUUGGUUUGGUUUACAGAGCUGACAUGCAGUUGAUUCAGACUCUUACUAUUAACAAAGGAUACCAGAUAACGAUUCAAGAUCUCCUUUGCAAAGUUGAUGAAUACAAGAAAGAGGAAAAGCAAAUAUCUAGUGAAGUGAAAGAGCUGGAAGCGCUAGUCGACAAAGAUUACGAAAUCAUAUCCAAGCAAAGAAAUGCAAUAGAACGGCUUGAGAGACAACUCAAUAGGGCCAUUAACAAAUACACAGAAAAGAAAAGGGCCCUAGGAAAAGUUAUUUGGUUGCAAGAGAGGAAUAUUGAAAGUCAUCCUGAUUCAAAGUCCAAUAUUUUUGGAGAAGAAUACAUUGGUAGCUUUAGUGAAUCACUUUUAACUGAGGAGAGAUCUCAUAGCAACAGCAGAUCUCCGAAGUACAGUGUUUUGGGGACCGUAGCAAUUGCUUUCUUGAAAUUUUCAGGCAUUUCUUUAUUAGGUGUUGCCUUUUCUGUUUUAUAUGGAUGCUAUAAAGCACAAAGUGUAGCACCUGAUAUGAAACCG